GGAAGCGAGGGAAGGGGGGAGGUUGUGAAAGGGCCGCGGGGAGGCUGCGAGUUCAGUGGGCUGCGAAGAGAGAAGAGAGCCAGGGAGCCCCGGGAUAUUCUUGUAAACCCAGUGCACGCUGUGCUGCUUCCGCUUGUGAGAGCAUCGAGAGCGGGACAGAGAGAUUAGAUAGACAGAAGGAGAGGUCGCCGAGAGGUAAGAGAGAUAUAGAGAACAACCGAAAAGAGGUAACUGGACAGAGAGACAGCGAGAGAUAGAGAGCGAGCGCGAGCGCGAGGGAGAGAGGCAGAGAGCCAGAGAGGGGUGGGGUGAGGAGAGGGCAAAGUGGUGGUGAGUGUCCGAGAUCAUCUGUCGCUUGCUCAAAGCGACGAGAAACGGAGCGAGUGUGCGAGCGAGUCGAGUGGCAGACAGUCAGGGGCUUGCUGCUGCGUCGCCUGGAUUUUAAUCGUUUGAACGCAGUUCGGUCUGAGCAUCGAGAAGUAGCUCAUGUCCAUAGAGGAACGAGGACGGCAAGGAAAAGCGACGUGCUAAGGUAGAGGGGAGUAGGCAUGGGCAACUGCGUGGGAGGCCACAGUGAUCGUAAGAAUGGGCUCAAUCCCAACGAGCCUGCGCCUACGAAUGUGCAACGCGGAACCGGUGCUCCUCAAGGUACCCACGGUGGUGCAGGUACUGCUGGCGUCUCCGCCCACGGAUCUACUCCAGCUCCAAUGGGCGGCAUCUCUGCCAAACAAAAGCCCACGUUGACUGGCAAUGUGCUUGGCCGGCCUCUGGAAGAUGUGCGAUCCAUCUACACCCUCGGUCGCGAACUUGGUCGUGGUCAGUUUGGUGUCACGCAUUUGUGUACGCACAAGGUCACAGGUGAGCUUUUAGCCUGCAAGUCAAUUGCGAAGAGGAAGUUGACCAACAAGGACGACGUAGAGGAUGUUCGGAGGGAAGUGCAGAUCAUGCACCACUUAGAGGGUCAGAAGAACAUUGUCGAAUUGAAGGGCGCGUAUGAGGAUAAACACAACGUGCAUCUCGUCAUGGAGCUUUGUGCUGGCGGAGAACUCUUCGACCGCAUUAUUCAGCGGGGCCACUACAGUGAGAGGGCGGCUGCAGCUCUGUGUAGAACUAUCGUGCAAGUGGUUCAGACGUGCCAUUCUCUGGGAGUUAUGCACCGGGAUCUGAAGCCCGAGAAUUUUCUACUGGCCAACAAGAAGGAGGAUGCACCCCUGAAGGCGACGGAUUUUGGUCUUUCUGUCUUCUUCAAGCCUGGAGAAGUAUUCACAGAUAUUGUUGGAAGUGCUUAUUACGUGGCACCGGAGGUUUUGCGUCGUAACUAUGGGCCUGAGGCUGAUGUUUGGAGUGCUGGAGUCAUUCUUUACAUUCUUUUGUGCGGAGUCCCUCCUUUCUGGGCAGAAACCGAACAAGGUAUUUUUGAUGCCGUAAUGCACGGUCAUAUUGAUUUCACUAGUGAUCCUUGGCCUUCAAUUUCUCAAAAGGCGAAAGAUCUGGUUAAGAAGAUGCUGAAGCAGAACCCAAAGGAGCGAUUGACGGCCCAUGAAGUUUUGAGUCACCCAUGGAUUAGUGUUGACGGAGAGGCACCAGACAAGCCACUUGACAACGCCGUGUUGUCUAGAUUGAAGCAAUUUACCGCUAUGAACAAGCUCAAGAAACUUGCUCUGAAGGUUAUCGCCGAGAGUCUCUCUGAAGAAGAGAUCAUGGGAUUGAAGGAGAUGUUUAAGAGUAUGGAUACAGACAACAGUGGUACAAUCACGUUCGAGGAGCUGAAGGAUGGUCUUCAAAAGCAGGGAUCAAACCUGGCAGAGUCUGAAGUGCGGCAGCUAAUGGCAGCUGCCGAUGUGGAUGGAAAUGGCACUAUUGACUACUUGGAGUUCAUUACGGCAACCAUGCACUUGAAUAAGAUAGAGAAGGAAGAUCAUCUUUACGCUGCCUUUCAGCAUUUUGAUCAGGACAGCAGUGGGUUCAUCACCAUGGAAGAGCUUGAACAGGCUUUAAUUAAGCACGGGAUGGGAGAUCCUGAUACUCUGAAAGAAAUUAUUAGGGAGGUUGACACUGAUCAUGAUGGACGAAUCAACUACGACGAGUUCGUUGCCAUGAUGCGUAAAGGUACCCCUGGCCACCAAGAGGGUCACCGGAGGAGUAUAAGUAAUAUGGCACCUGUAGGGGCCCCGAGGCAACACCAUCACAAAUGAGUUUAUAAAUAAGGAUUAACUUCAUUGAAAAUUAAAGCCAAUCAUAGCAAUGUAUAUGUCAACCUGGUUAGAGCUCGUUGUGAAACCAUUUGUUGCCAUUAGCUGUGGGAGGCUGGCUUAUAUGGGAAGGAUACCCAACCAGAUUUUCCUGCCUUGCUCUAUGUGGAAAUUGAGCUCAUGAGAUCAUGUCGAUCAUCUGAAAGUUCAAGUAGUCAUGACAUUAGGUUGGGUUUAGAAGUGUACUAUUUUUAGAGAUUGAAUGAGCGGGACUUGCAGUUCAGUACACAGCAUAGGAAUGAGUGCAAGCUAUCGAGCCUUCACUUCAAGCAUGUGUAUCAUAAGGGCAGUGAUAGGGGGCUGCUGGUAAACCCUGCGUGGGCAUCAUCAGGAUCACAUGUCUCAGUCAAUUGCAGGUUUGGUUUCUCGGCAAGCAGUUACUUCACACCUCAGUGGGAUCUUUGUCUAGCACAUCUUUGACCUGUUGUCAUAAAAGCCUGUAGAAUCUAUCUGUCCAAUGUGGGUCAACCACAGUAAGUCGCUUAGGCCCGAAAGGAGGGUUGAGUUUGUUAUCAGCUUGCACGAGGUUUCCACAUCAUCCAGGGUUGGAUGGUGGAAAAAGAAGAGGUGCCUAUUUUUGUACAAUCAUUUGUAAUUGAAAUGUUUGCUUCCGGGUCUCUCUCUCC